AUGAAUGCGUCCACAAUCUAUUACGAAUUUAAAAGACCAAAUAAAUUAUGGCUUGUUAAUAACAAAAAAGAGGCUAUAGAUAUCUUUUGUUUAAAACCCUUGCAAUCACUCAUAUUAUUCAGUGCAAAUAUCACAUUUACACCAGAUUUUCAAUAUUUAACAAAUUUAAUCGAAUUAACAAUUAUAAACGAUAAUGGACGUAUUGGUAAAUAUUUUCCUGUUGAAUUGAAUGAAUUACCAUUAAGAUAUAUGAACUUGUCGAAUUUAUUAGAGUUAAAAGCAUUACCAGAUGCAUUUGGUAAAAAUUUAACAAGUUUAAUAUUAUCAAAAAUACCAAAUCUUGAAUAUUUACCAGAAAAUUUAUUUAACUUAACAUCAUUAUUUGUUGAACAAUGUCCGAAAUUAACUUAUCUGCCACCAACAAUUGUAGCCGCAUCAGAUUUACAAGAUCUGACAAUAACACAAACAGGUUUAUUAGAUAUUGAAUUAAGCGAUCGUUUACAAAUAACGUUUUUUCUCUACCAAUGA